CUUCAAAACGGUGCGUUUCGAUGGCUAUAAAACUUCUGUUUCUUCCUUCGCUCAGUGGUUUCUUCUGCAACAUGCGAACAACGGCUCCGAUCUAAUCAAUGGCGAAGCGGAGCCAAACGACGGAGCUGGGAUGCAUCGCGUGCGAGGAGCUGAGCGAGGUCGGGGCUGGAAAGGAAGGGUGGCUUGUGGACGACCCGAACCUUCUCUGCGCGCUCGACACCCACGCCCUCGCGCUCGCCAACAGGUUCCUCAUCCUCGUCCUCGGAUGGACCGAUUCCGAUGGUCACCGGACGAAGAUCUUACCCGAUCUCUCCCCCAUCGAGGCGGAGCACAUCACCGCCAUUGAGUGGUUAGUGUUCGACGAAAUUAGGGUGGUUGUGGCCGGGACCUCUUGCGGUUAUUUGCUGAUUUACUCUCUGGGUGGCCAUUUGAUUCACAAACAGCUGAUAUAUCCUGGAAGAAUUCUGAAGAUAAGAGUUCGAGGAACAAAGAGAGAUUUGACCCAAGACGCAUCCUCAGAGGAGGUUUGUGUUGUUCUGCCUGGUGUAGUUGCUCGUUGUGAUGGUUCGGAUGUUCAGAGUAUACUGCACCGAUGGUUUCAAGAAACGCAUACUCAGUUUUGGGAUCGGAAACCAAAAAAAGGAGAUUUAGAGGCCCCAGAAACUCCUUAUGGGAGAUUACCUUACCAGUUAUGGAAUGUUAGCAAGUAUGGUAGUUGUGCUGAUGCUGCCAUCACUGGCACAAUGCCCCCACCAUUGAUGGAACUCCAGUCAAGUCAACGCUAUUACUGUGCAGUCACCAUUGGAGAGGAUGCUGUGAUUUCAGCAUUCAGACUUUCUGAAGACAAAAGCAGUUCUCUAGUGGGAGCAAUUUUAUCAAAAGUCAUGCCCGCAACAUUUUCGACAAUAGCUUCAUUUUCUAAAUUGAUUUGGCGGAGUGAACAAACUUCACCAAGAAAAUUAGAUGUGAAGCCUCAACCAUUCGCUCGAGCUUCUCCUUUGACGUGUUUGAAAGAUCAUCCUAGGAAGGGUGAGAAGCUGACCCUAUCACCUAGCGGUACAUUGGCCGCAAUUACAGAUUCACUUGGUCGCAUAUUACUCUUAGACACACAGGCACUUGUUGUGGUGCGGUUAUGGAAGGGAUAUCGUGAUGCUUGCUGCCUGUUCAUGGAGAUGCUAGUCAAUAGAGAUACUACAGCACCAAGUUCCAGUUAUUAUGAACCUGUGAAGAGCGAUUACUGUCUGUGCUUGGCGAUUCAUGCACCUCGAAAAGGAAUUAUUGAGAUCUGGCAGAUGAGAACUGGACCUCGGCUUCGAAUUAUUCAAUGUGUUAAAGGUGCUAAAAUACUGCAACCAACUUACAGAUUUGGAUCAUCUAGGAUCUCUCCUGGAUCAUCUAGGACCCCUCCUUAUGUCCCCUUGGAGGUUUUCCUGUUGAAUGGGGAUUCUGGUCAAAUAUCAGUUCUGAAUCGAAACCCUUAAUUAAUUGAUUUGUAAAUAGUAUAAGCAAUUUUUUUUUCAAUUCAUGAUAUUUAUUUGCUCUA